AUGUACAUCCAAUCCGCAACCAUCCUCGCCCUCCUCACCAGCCUAACAGCAGCACAAGACGACCCCUCCCCAGCAGACUACCCCUACAUCAAACCAGGCGACCUCGACAACCGCUCCGCCUGUCCUGGUCUAAACAUCCUCGCCAACCACGGCUACAUCAACCGCAACGGCACGCACAUCACCAAAGAAUCCGCCAUCGAAGCCCAAAUCCUCGCCUUCAACUUCGACCGCGAAACAGCCGCAGGACCCAUCGACGCGGUGUUGAAGUACUCCACAACAAGCACCCCCGAUAUCUCCUUCAACAUACUUGACACCUCCAGGCCACCACUUGACCAGAACGGAAAACUCACGCGGACUGACCGUUUCUUCGGCGACCCUGUGCCAUUCAACCGGACGAUUUGGGAUUCCGUCAUUGAUAGUUUGCCAGCGGAGGAUAAUGCGUUUACCUGGAAAGAGAUGGCGGAUGCGGGAGCGCUGAGACGGAUCCGCGCGAAGGCUGUGAAUCCUGAGUAUGAGAUGUUUGAGACGCAUCUCAAUGCGACGUUCGCGCAGAUGACGGGGUUGAUUGCGGUGUUUGGAGGGAGUGUUGAGAAUGGGAAGGCGAGGAUUGAUUGGCUUAAUGCGAGCAUUGUGGAGGAGAGAUUGCCAUAUCAUCUUGGAUGGAAGAAGUCUGAGGAGAUGCUGGGAAGUCCGCAACUUGGACCGAUUCUGAGGGCUGUGAGAACUGCUCAGUCGGGCGGUGUUUAA